GAUAACCGGAAGCAAAUGCAGCGCAUGUCAUACGUUUAGACCACGCUUUUGGAACGAAAACAUAAAGGACAAAUUCGGCGAAUUCUUCUGCAAUCAUGACGUCGACACUGCCUAUGAACCCGAAGCCAUUCUUGAAUGGUCUAACGGGAAAACCUGUGAUGGUGAAGCUGAAGUGGGGCAUGGAAUACAAGGGCUACUUGGUAUCAGUCGAUGGCUACAUGAACCUACAGUUGGCAAAUACAGAAGAAUUCAUUGAUGGUGCCCUCACAGGAAAUCUGGGUGAAGUCUUAAUAAGAUGCAAUAAUGUGCUGUACAUCCGAGGAGUUGAGGAAGAGGAUGAAGAGGGCGAGAUGAAGGAUUAAACAUCAAAAUAUUGAUUCUCUACUGAUGUUGUGUUGAACAAUAAACAGUGUGUACUGUCAAGUACCAGGCAAGCAAGCAUAUACAUGCAAUAAUAGCUGCUGUGGACGGAACUGAAUGUACAUAGAAUUCCAGCGGUGUAAUAUCGCUAAACCUGAAUCAUGAGUACCGCGUCUAGAAAUGAUAAUACUACCACAUUCAGGUUAUCAGUGCAGUAUCAUGAAAGUAUGCUGUCCUUUAAAAGAUGAUUAGACCAUGUAAAUGAAUAUUCAUGUUUCCUGUAUGUAAACAUAUAAAAUAAAUAACAAAUGUUUUACUUGGAAAUGAUAUUUUAAGUAAUCUUGUUUUAAUUCUUGUUUGAAUUUUCCAAAGCUACAAAAGUUUGGAUAGAUAGAACAAUUGAAACCAAUACAGUUACAAGAAACAUGUAUAUAUACUAUUACAUGGUCUUAUUUUAGCAGUGCUAGUAGGGCUGGACAAGGUGAAUGUUCCACUUGUGUCCAUUUGUUUGGAAAUAACAAGAGUAGAGGGAGAUAAUCUAAGAUUUCUAUUUUGUCAGGUAAAGAGUUGCAUACUCUGGGAAAGUAUGUCUAUUGACCAUGUUAGCUUUCAUUGAUCAUGUCAUUCUUAUCACAUUUUUGUUUCUUCAUUGUUGUUUUAUAUUGUCAUAUCAUACAAAUGAAAAUAAAUAAUAACAAGUGGUCAUUGGGCCUGUAUUAGUCAAA